AUGAUUGGUUCAUUUGAGUUAAACAACAUUUGCGGGUCAUUUUAUAAGGAUGGAAAUAUAGUAUUUUCUCCUAAGAAGAACAUUUUAUUUACUGCUGUAAACAAUAGGAUAAAAGCUUUAGAUUUAGAGACUAAUUUGACUCAUACUUUAGAUUGUGAAGCACGUUCUGAUAUUAAAUAGUUAGCAAUAUCUCCAGAUUCAAAGAUUUUGAUCGCAGUAGACUAAUUAGGAUAUGCAAUCAUUGUUAACUUAAUCACAAAGAAGACUAUUUCUUACUUUAAUUUUAAGUCUAGCGUUAAUGCUAUUUAGUUCUCUCCCAAUGGACUAUUUUUGGCUGUUGCCAGCGAUAUCUCAUUUAGAAUUUUUGAAGCUCCUUCUUUAUGGAGAAAUUUCGAAACUCUUUUACAAUACAAAAGAUUUAAAGGAAGUCACAAUGAUAAGAUUACUAGCAUUGAGUGGUCUCCUGAUUCAAGAUUUAUUAUUACAUCAAGCAAGGACUUAACAGUUCAAAUGCAUAAUCUUCACAAGCUUGAAGAUUUCUAGACUAUCACUUUUACUGUAAAUAAGCAUCCUGUCAUUAAAACCUUCUUUUCAAGGGAUAUGAAGUAUUUUUACACUGUUGACAAGAGUGGUUUGAUGUGUGUUUGGAAAUGGAGCACUGACUAUCUUUCAGAUUAGUUUAAGCACAGAAAGUAAUUCAAUAAAAUUAAAUAGGGACAUAAUAUUGGUAUUGAAAACGGUGCUAAUGUUUUAGAUGCUAAUGAUAGAGCAGAGGUAGAAGUUUAAGAAGAAGAAGACGAAGUACAAGUCACUCAAGAAUUUACUUUAAUGAGCAAAUUCGAAAAGGAAACAUCGAAGGGGCGUUUUGUCCUUGAAAAAAAGGAAAUUUUCAAAGGAGGAAAGCUUAAAAGUUGCGAAUACCAUGCUGACACAAGAAUGAUCGUUCUUGGUUUCAAAUCUGGCUGUUAUGCAUUAUAUAGAUUAGAAAAAGAAAGCGAUUUAUAGGAAAUACAAACUUUCAGCAUUAGCAAUUGCAGGAUUAACACAAUAUCAGUUAAUUAUUCUGGAUCAUGGAUAGCUUUAGGUAUGAAUAAAACUGGUUAGUUAAUUAUUUGGGAAUGGAGAAGUCAAAGUUACAUUCUCGAUCAAUAAUGCUUAACAAAUGAUAUAAAUGUCUUAGCCUAUUCUGAAGAUGGCUUAAUGAUAGCAACAGGAGGCUGUGACGGUAAAUUACGUCUUUGGGAUUCUAAAUCUCACCUUUGCUUCACUACUCUUUCUGAGCACAGUUCUAAGAUUAGUGGUAUUACAUUUACUUCUAGAGCAAAUACAGUUAUUACAAGUAGUUUGGAUGGAACAUGUAAGGCAUUUGACACAGCAAGAUACAGAUGCUUCAGAACAAUGAAACCAAACAUCAGCACUUAGUUAAAUUGCGUUGCUGUAGAUUCAGCAGGUGAAGUUGUCUAUGCAGGUGGUUAAGAUCCUUACGAUGUAUAUAUUUGGAAUUUAUAAACUGGUAAUUUGUUAGAAGUUAUUUCUGGCCACACAGCUCCUAUUUCUUGCAUUAAAUUCUGGGGAGAGAAGCUCUAUACUGGUUCUUGGGAUAAAUAAGUUAGAAUUCAUGACAUCUUUUCUAGAAAAUUAAACACAGAAGUUCUUGAUCAUAAUUCGGAAGUUACUUGCAUUGAUAUUAGAAAGGAUGGCAAAGAAUUUUGCGUUUCAACAUUAAAAGGAGAAAUAUAUUUAUGGAAUGACCAAAGCUCAGUUGUAGGUAUUUUAGAUUGCAAGAGAGAUUUAGAAUAUGGUAGAAAUGAUUCAGACAGAACUAAAAAUACUCACAAAUAUUUCAAAACUGUUGAGUAUAGUGCUGAUGGUGAUUAUAUUUUAGCUGGUGGUAACUCUAAAUAUGUCUGCUUGUACGAAUUACGUCACAGAAUUAUGAUUAAAAAGUUCGUGCUUUCAUAAAACAGAUCUUUAGAUGGAGUUCUUAACAAACUUAACAGCAAAAAUAUUAAGGAAGGAGUUGAUAUGGUCAAUGAAAUUGAUGAUUUCGAUGACUCGGAUUAUGAAGAAAGAAAAGAUAACAUUCUUCCAGGAGCUAAGAAUUUUGAUGUAUCAAAGAGAACCAUGAAAUAACCAGUAGAAAGUAGAUAAAUUAAAUUCUCACCAGGAGAAGAAAAUUGGAUUGUAGCUACCAGUGAAGGUGUUUUAGUUUUUGGCUAUCCUAAAAAAUCUUUCUUCAGUCCUUAUGAAUUAGAAGAAAAUAUUUCAGUUAAAGAUGUUUUGUAGGCUUAUGAAGAAAAAGAUUACUCAAAGUAAAUUUUAUUUUUGAAAAGUUUUUAUUUAUUUGCUAAUUAAAUUAAUUAAAAAUUAUUUUAGGGCAUUCGUUGUUGCAUUGAAACUCAACAGUAAAGAAUUAUUAGAGUAAAUUUAUAUGAAUAUUCCUUUCAGCGAAGUUUAAAAUGUAAUUAGAAGCAUCCCAGAGUAAUUUUUGGAUGA